AUGUUUAGUAUUUAAUCAGGUUCAAUGUCAACUAAGUUUAAUAAACGUAGUUGCUCUUGGAAUUUAUUUUUCAAGUUUUUCUACUACUACGCUAAGGUUUUCGGACUGAUAUUUUUCGCAGUUUCCAAAAAUGGACGUCCUAGAAGUUCGGUAAAAGCCCAAAUGUUUUCCAUAUUAUGCCGCCUUUUCUGCGUAGUUGCUUUUCUUUUAUAUUACCUUCCUGGAGACAAAGGCCAACACAUCUUAACCAUAAACCAAGCGUCUAUUCAUGUUAUGUCAAAGCUGCAAUCUAUAUCUGCCAUAGCCUCAAGCCUUGUAUGUUUUGUUUUUCAAACCAUCGAACAAAAGAAGUUUGUGGAUAUUAUUAAUCGAGCAAUAGAUAUUGCUUACCGGGUUUUCGAAAAUAAAAAGAGUUUCGGAAUCAAUGGACGACUGUGCAGUUUUGUAAUUCUUGUGCGGGUUUGUUCUAAUAUUUCAUUAGUAGUUGCGGAAUUUUUAAGAUUAACCGAUACUGAAACAAAAUUUGACGUUUGGGAGUUCGUCCAUUACGCUUUAAGGUUUUAUAUUUGGUUUGGCACCCUCAUAGUGGUGGACUUGAUAUGUGUGGGCUAUGUGGUGACAACGGGUAUAUAUCAGCAGAUUGGAGAUCAGUUAAAAGUGCUUGCAAAACGCGUUGAUACCUUGGACAGCCGUUCACUGACAAAAUUUCGUCAGAUGCAAAUGCUUUGUGAGUUUUCAGAAGAGCUUGAGAAUUACGCAGAAAUAUAUUCGGAUCUUUUCAAGCUUAUGAACGAGUUCCAUCAGUUGAUGCAGUUUUAUAUAUUUCUAAUGUUUUGUUCUGAUUUUUUGAUUUUAAUCGGGAAUAUUCAUCACACAUUUCUUAAUUACAUGGAUCUGGGCGUUGUCAAGUGGAGUAUUUUGAUGAUAAGUGCUUUUCAAGCUGUACAGAUUGUAUUAUAUAUUCUGCUGUUAAAUAAAACCAUAAAGACUUCCAAACUUCCAAAUAAUCUCAAUUUUGAUCUUAUUGUUUCCGAUAUAGAACCUCGAUGGGACAAAAGUGUCGAUUAUUUUUUGAAUCAGUUAAGAUUUCAAGACUUAAACCUCAACGUGUAUGGGUUAUUUCAACUUAAUAAUGAGCUUCUUUUGCGUGGAUUUUCAGCUACAGCGUCUUAUUUAACUAUUCUUAUACAAUUUCAGAUGCUUGGAUACUUUAAGUAAAGAAUAUUUGUUACAGUCUUUUUGCGGAUUGAAAUAAACAAAG